CCCUGGACCCUGCGAAGCCCAGCCGAGCGGGCAGCGCCGCCGCAACAGCCGCGGGAUCACCGGGCAACUACUACGCUGGAUUUUUCAUUCCAUCUCCCUGAAAAACUCACCAAAUUCCAGAGAAACACAAACUGGAGUUUUUUUCUGAAGUUGCUAAUGGUGAUAUGAGUAGAGUGGGGGCUGAUUUUUUUAGCCCUGAAAAAGUACCUGUUGUUUGAAAUGCUGAAGAGGAAAUUAAGGUGCCAUAAAUUGCACUACACGCUUUUCUUGGGUCUAACUCUCAUUUUAGUAAUAAUAUCAGUUCUGAAAGUAAACCAGAAACAAGACUUCUUAAAUCGAAAGCAUCUCGAGCUGACAAAAGAAGAUCCCAUCGGAAAUAUUAACUGCACCAAGAUUAUAGAGGGGAAUAUAGAAGAAAUUCAAAAGGUAAAGCUUGAGACCUUGUCAAUGUCAUUUAAGAAACGCCCCAGGCUAACAACAAGUGAUUAUAUCAACAUGACAGAAGACUGUGCCACCUUCACCAAAACUAGGAAAUACAUUAUGGAACCUCUCAGCACUGAAGAAGCAGAAUUUCCAAUUGCUUACUCGAUAGUGGUUUAUCACAAAAUAGAUAUGUUUGAUAGACUUUUAAGAUCAAUCUAUGCCCCUCAAAAUUUUUACUGCAUUCAUGUUGACAAAAAGUCUCCAGAAUCUUUUUUUGCUGCUGUGAAGGGAAUAGUCUCAUGUUUUGAGAAUGUCUUUAUUUCCAGCCAGUUAGAGAGUGUUGUUUAUGCUUCAUGGAGCAGGGUGCAGGCAGAUAUUAACUGCAUGAAAGAUCUCUACAGAAGAAGUUCAAACUGGAAAUACCUAAUAAACCUCUGUGGUCUGGACUUUCCCAUAAAGACCAACCAAGAAAUAGUAGAGAAAUUAAAAGCCCUUAAAGGUGAAAACAGCUUGGAAACAGAGAAAAUGCCUGUUUAUAAAGAAGUGAGAUGGAAAAAACACCAUGAGAUUAUUGAUGGUAAAAUAAAGAACACAGGUGUAGACAAGCAACUACCACCUCUCAGUACUCCAAUUUUUUCUGGUAGUGCCUAUUUCGUAGUUAGCAGAAAGUUUGUGGAAUACGUAUUAGAAAGUGGCAAAAUACUUAAAUUCAUUGAGUGGGCAAAAGACACUUACAGUCCAGAUGAGUACUUAUGGGCAACAAUUCAGAGAAUCCCCGAAGUCCCGGGUGCAGUUUCUUCUAGCGACAAGUACGACGUUUCUGACAUGAAUGCACUGGCCAGGUUUGUCAAGUGGCAGUACUUUGAAGGUGAUGUGUCCAAAGGUGCACCCUACCCACCGUGUAGUGGAGUUCACAUUCGCUCUGUCUGUGUUUUUGGGGUAGGUGACCUGAACUGGAUGCUACGAAACCACCACUUCUUUGCUAAUAAGUUUGACACUGAUGUUGACCCUUUUGCAGUUAAGUGUUUGGAACAGUAUUUGCGACACAAAGCUUUGUAUCUGCAGAAGAACUGAAAUGCUGUACACUCCUGUUAUGAAAUGUAGGUACAAAUAGUUUACAGCUACGUACUGUAACCUGUAGCACUGAUGGUGGUGAUGCUGAUAAUGGGUAUAACAUUUGUCACUACGUCAGGUGUGAUGCCCUCCCUGCCUUGUCAGGUGGAAGAGAAAGCUUUUGUCAAUUGAAAAUGGGGAUUACUUGCAUUGCACACUAAAGCUUGAAACUUUGAGUAAUAAAUCAUACUCAUAUUUAUGGCUGAUGUGAUUGCUAAGCCUCUCUCCAUCAUUUUAGAACAAUCAUGGAGGACAGGUGAGGUGCCUGAGGACUGGAGAAAGGUCAAUGUGACUCCAGUCUUCAGAAAGGGCAGGAAAGACAACCCAGGAAACUAC